CCACUUUUUUAUUGCACCUAUAUUUGAUCCUACUUAAGCACUCCUCUAUUCAAAUCAAGCUGCUUUCUGAUUUGUGUCGUAAGUGGUUUUGGUUAAUAGUGCAAGAGAAAGGAUGGAGGAGGAGAAGCUGAAGAGUUAUUGUGUAACAGGAGGCAGUGGCUUCAUAGGUUCAUGGUUGGUUAGGUCUCUCCUUCAAAUGGGUUGCAAGGUCCAUGCUACUGUGCGCCAUCUAGUCUUGACCUUUUCAGAGAAAUCAUCACAUUUGUUGAAGCUGCCGGGGGCGAGUGAGCGGCUAAGAUUGUUCAAAGCUGAUUUAAGAGAAGAAGGGAGCUUCGAUGAAGCAGUGAAAGGUUGCAGUGGCCUAUUCCAUGUUGCUGCACCCAUGGAAUUCGGGGUACAAGCCACACAAAAUGUUGACAGCUAUGUUCAAGGAAAUUUCAUAGAGCCAGCAAUCCAGGGCACCUUGAAUGUUCUGAAAUCUUGCUUGAAAUCUAACUCUGUAAAAAAAGUCGUUUUCACAUCAUCAAUCAGUACAGUGACUGCCAGAGACAGCUAUGGAAACUGGACACCUCUUGUGGAUGAAUCUUGCAAGAUACCUGUCCAACAUGUUAAGCACACAAAACCUAGUGGUUGGGUUUAUGUACUAGCAAAGGUUUUAACAGAGGAGGCAGCAUUCCAAUUUGCAAAGGAAAAUGGCAUUGAUUUGGUUUCAAUAAUAACACCAACUGUAGCUGGUCCAUUCCUCACUUCUACAGUUCCUUCAAGCAUUCAAGUUCUCUUGUCACCAAUAACAGGUGAUCCAGAAUUGUUAGCUAUACUCACUGCUGUGAACUCAAGAAUGGGAUCAAUUGCAUUAGCUCAUAUUGAGGAUAUAUGCUUUGCUCACAUAUUUCUCAUGGAGAAGGCGAAAACAGAAGGACGAUAUAUGUGCUGUGCUCGGAGUUGGGCUAUGUCUGAAAUUAUUGAUCACCUCAUAAAAGAGUAUCCUAAUCCUGCUUUAGAGAGGAUAGCAAGAGGAGGACAUGAUUUGGUGAUCCCUUCCGAGAUAUCUUCAAAGAAAUUGAGAGAUCUGGGAUUUUCUUUCAAGUAUGAUAUCGACGAUAUCAUUAGAGAUACAAUUAGUAGCUGUACGGAUCAUUGCUUCUUACCUUCUAUUCAAAAGUAAGCAUUUCUUCAUUGUAUGAGCUGAGAAUUUAACUCUUUGAGGUAAUCUAGAUGUUUUUUUGGUGAUUGCUUGUAAACAACAGUAGAAGUGCGACUAGUUCAAAUUGGAAACUUCACUUAUGAACAUACUAUAUUCAGAAACUGAUAUUGUAUUCUUAAGAACUUAAAAAUUGUUGUCUGGUUGUUGAAAAUGCCAGAUUAGCAAAUUAAUAAUUUUAUGCAAUAGUUUAUUGUAAUCUUAA